GUCACCUCGCACGGACUGACGUGCAGCUUGGAGCGAGGAGCUGAGUGGGCAAACCCGUCUCAGGCCGGCGCCGUGACCCGGCAAUCAAGGCGAACAGGUCGGUGCGGAGUCGGCGGCGCGCGACCGUCGACGGUCGACACCAAACUUCCGUUUCCACCGCCCCGUCGCGGGCGACCUCGUCUGCUCGCGGGGAAGUCACCCGCGUCGCCCAAGCACGCGACUUCGAAGGAGAUAGCGCGCGGCACAGCGGGGCGCGUCAGAGUGGGGGCCGGGCAUGGCGGGCGAGCUGGCGCUGCUGGCGACGAGGGGGUGCGCCGCUUUGGCGACCACGGCGGCGCCCGGGCGACUCUCCCCGCUACUGGCGGCGAGCGCCCUCGCCGUUGGGGGGGGCCGCGACCCCCCUUUUCGGGGACGCGGCGGUAACGGAGAGGUCCGCCGAGCGAGCGCGUGCCGGGACGAGCCGCGGCGCAGUGAGGAUGGCGCCCGUCACCGGAUGGGGGCCCCCGCUCCGUCCCCCGCGACUCAGCUCCGCACACCCGGGCAGAUCCGCGUCACGGUACGCGGCCCGCACGGACGCACGCAGCUUCCAGCCAUACCUUCGGCUCCCGUGUCCAGGACUCUCACGAGGUCCUACCACCACCACCAUCACCACAACAACCUCAACCACCACCACAACCACCAGCAGCAGCAAGCGAGUUGGUACCAGCAGCAGGCGAGUUGGUACCAGCAGUCGAGGUGGUACCAGCAAGAGUCGCUGCGAGGGCUCACGACGGAGGACGUGGGCAAGGCGCGGCAAUCCAAGUGCCAGCAGACGGUCAUGCAGCAGCUGAGCGAGCGGGCGCGGGAGAGCAAGGUGCCCACCGGACGACUCAGCCGCAUGGUCAACUUUGGUGGCCUCGCGGUGGGCCUGGGCCUGGGCGCGCUGGCCGAAGUGGCCCGCAAGCAGCUGGGCAUGGACAAGGUGCCUCCGGGCGGUCGCGGCCUCCUCGACUCGAGCCCCUUCCUGUCGGACGCGAACGCGGAGCGGAUCGUCAAGACGCUGUGCAAGGUGCGCGGCGCGGCUCUCAAGCUCGGACAGAUGCUCAGCAUCCAGGACGACAGCUUCAUCAACCCGCAGGUGCAGAAGAUUUUCGAGCGGGUCCGCCAGAGCGCCGACUUCAUGCCCACGUGGCAGAUGAAGAAGGUGCUGAGCGCCGAGCUGGGCGAGUGCUGGCGGGACGGCCUCGCCGAGUUCAACGAGCGGCCCUUCGCGGCCGCCUCCAUCGGCCAGGUGCACCUCGCCCGGCUCCACGACGGCCGCCAGGUGGCCAUGAAGGUCCAGUACCCCGGAGUGGCCCAGAGCAUCGAGAGCGAUGUGGAGAACCUGAUGAUGGUGCUCAGCGUGAGCAAGCUGCUCCCCGAGGGGCUGUUUGCGGAGAAUGUGGUGGAGGUGCUGGGCCGGGAGCUCGCGUGGGAGUGCGACUACGAGCGCGAGGCCGCGUGCACGCGUCGCUUCCGGACCCUGCUGCUGGAGGAGGAGGCGCUGUUCGUGCCGCGCGUGGUGGACGAGCUGAGCAGCGCCAGGGUGCUCACCACGGAGCUCGUGCCCGGCCUGCCGCUCGACCACACCGAGUCGCUCGACCAGGAGACGCGCAACUGGAUCUCCCUGCACAUCAUGCGCCUGUGCCUGCGAGAGCUCUUCGAGUUCCGCUUCAUGCAGACCGACCCCAACUGGUCCAACUUCAUCUACGACCCCGAGACCCGCAGAGUGGGGCUGCUGGAUUUCGGAGCGAGCCGUGACUACGAGAAGCGAUUCAUCGACCACUUCCUCGAGCUUGUGAUGUCGGCAUCAUGCGGGGACAAGCGGCGCGUCGUGGAGGAGCUGCGGGAACUCAAGUUCCUCACGGGAUACGAGACCAAGCUGCUGGAGGACACGCACGUGGACGCGGUGAUGAUCAUCGGGGAGGCCUUCUCGGGGGACGCCGCCUUCGACUUCGGCUCCCAGUCCACGACGCGCCGUGUCGUCGGCCUCAUGCCCAGCGUCAUGCGCCAGCGCCUGGCGCCCCCGCCCGAGGAGAGCUACUCGCUGCUGCGCAAGCUCUCCGGCUCAUUCCUCAUCUGUGCCAGGCUCGGUGCGCGCAUCUCCUGCCGCCCGCUCUUCCUCGACGUCUACAACAAAUAUCGGGCGAGCGCGUGAUCGCGCGCGUGGGCGGGCAGGCGGGAUGGCCAGUGGGGGUGUGGGUGGAUGGGUGGGAGGGCGAGAUGGUGGACAAGUGAGCGGAGAAGAUGAUGUGCCGGCUGGUGGGUGGGCGAGAGAACAAGCUGGCGGAUGAGCGAGCAAGUUGGAGCGUGGGCGAGUUUAUAAUCUGUUGGGCGAGCAAACGAACAUAUGGGUGGGUGGGUAGGCGAGCGAGCGAGCGGACAAGCAGGUGGACUGGCGAGUUGGUGAGCGGGCUAAUGAGUCGGUGAGCGUGCACGGAGCGACGAUCGACGGAGGCCAUUAGCGGCUGCAGCUCGGACUGUGAACAGCGGUGGAGGAGACUUGAGUGUGGGUCUUUUGUUCCAUUUGGGGUUUGGGUUUUACUUUUGCACGGGAAGUUCUCCGUGACCGGCGCUUGGGAUGGACGGCGAGCGUGGGAUGAUUGCGAGCUUGGAGAGCGGCGAGCGAGCGGAUUCACUGGGAAAACGAUUCCCCUUUUGUGUUGUUUUUGGGGCCUUGCCGACGAACAGUGACUUUGGUUUUAUCUGCGGUCGCCCCGUUGGCGGUUUUGUGAUCUUCCUUCCGUUGUCUUGAACUCUGUCUCGUGGAGACUUUCGCGAACUCUGCGGGCCGCCGACCUUUGAACUUUCGCGGGUGCCGCCCCGUCUCUGAGAAGGCGUUUUCGACGUUGCAGAAGGGGUGGAAAAAAAAUAAUCGUCGCGAAUGACGACAGCAAAACUCGACUUCUGAACCUUCCCUGAUAAAAAUGUCUUUUUUUUUGAGUUUCGAGUUUAACAUCCGAGCCCUCGACGCAACGCGCGUUAGCGAGCGCCCACCAACGCGAUCACGCCCAGCCGAAACCACAAAGGACGUUCUAGAAACGCAUCCUCCACCAGGUGACGACGCCUACAAGACGGCGCCUGCACACGGAAGACCGCACGGCAAACUUUCACCUCUCACCGCUUUUGAGCUCCUAACCUUUACAGGAGGUCACUGGGGGGGGGGGGGGGGGCGGCUUUGAGGCACAAGCUCCCGUCGCUGGUGCUGAGCCGGCCGUUGAGUUGACCAGAGGCCCGCCUGCGUUGUUGGCGGAGAUGGAAGUCUGCGACGUAUUUUGCAGGGGCGCCGGAGUCGUGCAAAAAAAGGAUUCCUAUACCAAGUUUUCCGCUGAACUAUUUUUGUUUGGCUAAAUGUUUUUGGCAGAAACUGCCCCAAAAUGAAGAUGUUCUGUCCGUUUCUUUUUUUCUUGGUGGAAAUCUCCAACGCAAUUUACGCGUUUGAGUCUUUUUUUGUUUUGCUGCGGCAAUCCGAUUGCCGCCAAUUUUACCGCCACCCCCCUCCACCAAAAUCGGCGGAAGUCGCCGUUUGGCGGAAUGCAGCGUGGCAGGAUUCGCCCCCCGCCGUGAGCAAUGGGGGGGGGGGGGGGGUGGAACCGCAGAGCGGCACGGAGCGGCGGUGAAACCGCAACCGCUAGCCGCUGCCUUCGCGACAAAAAAAGAAAAAUACUAAAUUGAUAUAUUUUUCCAAAACGAUUUGAAAUCACGCCAAUCGCCGCCGUUGCUGACGCGGCGUUUUUUGUUGUUUUGUCACGCGGCUGCCGUUUCACGCGAACGACUGCGUUGCAAAACGAGGUUGUAGACGGCGCUUAUUCGUUAUCGUUGCUGCUGCUGCAUACAGUGAUGAUGACGACGAGGGUGGCAGUGAUGUUUUGUUGUUGAUGUUGAUUUAAAUUUGUGGUACCUUUUUUUUUUUAAACAACAAGUGUUAAUUUCCAUGCCCAUGGGAGGGCGGCAGACGUGGGAGCGUUGUCACGGUGACACCGCUCCUGGUUUCUCACGUGAGUCCAGCAGCAGCAGUGAAGGCCCUGGGUGAGAGGGCGGAAAAUCUGGUGAGCGGAGGCCCUGGGUGGGUGAGUGAAGGUCCUGGUGAGACAGUGAAGGCCCUGGAUGAAAGUGAAGGCCCGGGUGAGUUAAGGCUCUGGGAGGGUGAUUGAGUGACGCCCUAGUGGGUGGGUGAGAGAAGGCCAUGGUGGGUGGGUGAGAGAAGGCCCUGGUGGGUGGGUGAAGGCCCUAGUGGAUGAGUGACGGCCCUCGUGGGUGGGUGACUGAAAUCCCUGGUGGGUGAAAGAAGGCCCUAUUGGAUGAGAGAAGACCCAAGUGGGUAGGAGAGUGAAGGCCCUAGUGGGUGUGUGAAGGCCUUGGUGGGUGGGUGAGAGAAGGCCCUGGUGGGUGGAUGAAGGCCCUAGUGGAUGAGUGACGGCCCUAGUGGGUGGGUGAGAGAAGGCCCUAGUGGGUGAAAGAAGGCCCUAUUGGAUGAGAGAAGACCCAAGUGGGUAGGAGAGUGAAGGCCCUAGUGGGUGGGUGAAGGCUCUGGUGAGAGAAGGCCCUAGUGGGUGAGAGAAGGCCCGAGUGGGUGGGUGAAGGGCCUGGUGGGUAAGAGAAGGCCCAAGUGGGUAGGCCGCACAGUACAUUAAUUGAGCAGUGGCGCUGCGCUGUGUGUGUUUACCCAAGUUGCAGUCAACACCAACGUAACAUUCAAAUGAAAUUAAUCAAGAACAAAAACAUAUAUAAUCAUACCUCCCCCACCCCCCAAAAAAAAAACAACCUUGAGAUAGUUAAGUUUUGUGCUCUUAGUAGUUUACUCUCAGUUUUAUAUUUGUAUAAUUUUGAAGUUUGUCGUCAUGAAUCAUUGCGAUCCCGAUGGGCUUAUCUACCUAACGAGUCGGUCUCGUCUCUCGGGAUUUCGUGACGAGGUCACGUGGGCUACGUCACAGACCCCCCCCCCCCCCGAUCCCUACGUCACAGACCGAGCCCCCCCCCCCCCCGACCCCUACGUCACAGACCGGCCCCCUCCCCGCCCACCGGGAAAAAUUUACUGCCCCCCCACCAUCACCAUCCCUCCUCCCCCCAAUUCGAGCCCGAUUGUCAUACAGGCUGCACCACGUGGGACGAGGCAUCCGUUCGGAGCGCGUGCAGCUUUGCGGACACAGAACAAACGUGCACGUCGUGCCGACGUUUCGCGUCCGCGCGCUGGGAGCUUGGGGUUUGGUGGAUCGACGCCUGAAAAAGGACCCGGCCCCGUGCGAGCAAAAACGUCGGACGUCGCAUUCGAACAGGACGCGGUACAAACUCGGGUUGCCACCUCUGAGAAAUGAAACAACAACACAAAACAGCGACAUGUCACGGGGUACAUGAAUAUAUCACCGUACCAGUAGAGGUGGGAACUGUGAGUAACAAAAAACAAACCUUGCCGUGAGUGGUGCAGUACAGGAGUAGAAUUUACACCAUUGGAACCUCAUUUGCCAGUAAAAAUAAAAAAAAAAAUUUACCCUUCUAUCUGGCAACAAAACUGACACCUUCUUUGAGUUGUGCGCCUUUUGGCGUCAUCUGGUCCAACCCAUGUGAGACAAGGCUCUAAGGAAAGCUGUCUCGGGUGUGGACCAAUCAACUUCAAGGACAGUGCACAUUAUCAGAGCUGUGUUUUUUGUUUGCAUUAUGACUGCAGGUAUUGUGGUCUAUGCAAACAUGACUCCUUGUAAAAAGGUGUCAGUUUUGUUGCCAGAUAGAAGGGUAAAAAACCAAUUAUCAGGAGUAAAAUUAUCACGCAAUGGACAAACACCGGGACAUGGAAUCCGGGAUUGCCCCGGAACCUGCACCAGUUGACGUCUCGUCCUGGACGACGAGGGCAAUUGUGGCGAACACGAGGGGCAGGUGGCAAACCUUCGUGCGGGAAUCUUGACGGCACGUGGAGCGGAACGUCGGACUAUCGCAUCCGAAGGAACAGCAGGCGGCAGCGGUGGGGGGCGACUCCACGGGCAGCGUGGUGCUUCUGUGCCGGCCUUGACGAUGAAUUUCGCGCGAUGAUGUCUUUCGCUCUCUCUCUCGAGGUUUUAUUUGUUGAUGCGGCGUAUCGCGCUGUUGCGUGUUUGUUGUUAGUUUCUGUGAGCCCCCCUCCUCCCUCCCUCCCCCCUUGGCUGUGCUGGUUUCAUGAGUUAUUUGUCUACGCGUGGUAGAGGCUCAAAUAAAAAC